AUGCAGGUCUCCAACAAUCAUCUUGCGUACCGCUACGAGUUGUUGAAAAGGCUCGGAGAAGGAUCCUAUGGAAAGGUUUAUAAGUGUCUGGAUCAUAAGACAAAUGAGAUGGUGGCUGUGAAGAUCAUUAAAAAAUUUAAAUCCUAUAGGCAAGAGGUGGAAAUCAUGGACUAUUUGAGGAAAAAGGACAGAAAUGGUUCCUACAACAUUGUGUUCAUGAAGAACUACUUUUUCUUCCGCGAACAUCUCUGCAUCGUCUAUGAUCUCCUGGGGCCAUCUUUAAAUCAGCUAAAAAAAUAUCGGAGAUUCAGCAGUGCUAAUCUGCAGCACAUUGGCAAAGAUAUUCUCAAGUGUUUGUGUUUGCUUGAGAAAGAGAAAAUUAUCCAUGGUGACCUGAAACCUGGGAACAUAGUGCUAGGAAAGAAUGGCAUCAAAGUGAUUGAUUUUGGAGGCAGCAGCUUUGAGAAGAAGAAAAAGUUCCCAGGGGCUAUCACUUAUACCUACAGCUCUCCAGAGGUGAUCUUGAAAAAUCCUUGUAGCACUGCUACUGACAUGUGGAGUCUGGGAUGUAUUCUGGCUGAGCUCCACAUUGGCCAGUAUAUUUUUUCUGGAGCGGAUAAUGCUGAACAAAUAGCCCUCAUCAUGGAGGUGCUUGGAAAGCCUCCAGCUGACUUUUUUAAGGACAAAAAUACCUGGAAUUAUUUCUAUGACGAUAAAGGACAAUGGAGGGAUUUCUAUGACGUAAACAACAAGCUGAUAAAGCCUGGUUCUAAGAAUCUUCAGAAAAUUCUGGGUACUGAUGAUCUUCAGUUCUUGGACUUUAUCCAACACUGCCUAAGCUGGAACCCUGAGAAACGCCUCACUCCAUCAGAGGCUAUGAAGCACCCGUGGCUUCAGAGUAAAAGUUAGAGGUGCACCACCGGGACAGGAGCCCUAAUGUAAGCCAGUUGAGAUGACAGUGGUGCAGUUACCAAGCCUCUCAAGUUACCUUUAAGACUCUUGAGUAAUAAAGACCUGACUUGAACAAACAAACUACUUAAUUUAUCUGUUUGAUUCAAAACCACAGAUAAUAAGAAAUUAAAACAAAUAACUUUCUCAAGUGGAAGUUUUGUAAAAAUCAACAUUGUCUUCAUCUAAACCAACUACAUCAACUAAAUGAAAGGGACGGAUGUCAGACGCAUGAUACAUCUCUUAAUAACAUAUCAGGACCAUGGAUUCCAAGUUUGCCAUCCUCUGGUGAUGGGUAGCCAGAAGUCAUCAGCACCGGAUGCCUGCUGAUUAAAGAGUCCUAGUCAAAAUGUAUGAAAGGCCAAAGUAACAAUAAAAUACUGGCCGUUGAAUCUUGAGCAUGAACAUGUGUCAAAGGAGUAAACAUCCAUGAGAUAUAGGCAUGGGCCAGUAUCUGACUCAGAUUUCACAUAACAUUCAGCUGUACAACUUGCAUCUUUUGGAUGUAAUUAUGUUGGCUUCGUAGAAGCCAACAUUCUGUUUUCCUACUUAAGCUUAGACAAACAUUUAUUAUGUUGGCUUUGUAGAAGCCAACAUUCUGUUUUCCUAUAUAAGCUUAGAUAAAAAUUUAUAAAUAGUAACUCCUCCUGGGGGCACGGUGGCUUAGUGGUUAGCACGUUUGCCUCACACCUCCAGGGUUGGGGGUUCGACUCCACCUUGUGUGUGGAGUUUGCAUGUUCUCCCCGUGCCUCGGGGGUUUCCUCCGGGGUUCUCCGGUUUCCUCCCCCGGUCCAAAGACAUGCAUGGUAGGUUGAUUGGCAUCUCUGGAAAAUUGUCCGUAGUGUGUGAGUGAAUGAGAGUGUGUGUGUGCUCUGCGAUGGGUUGGCACUCCGUCCAGGGUGUAUCCUGCCUUGAUGCCCGAUGACGCUUGAGAUAGGCACAGGCUCCCAGUGACCCGAGAACAGUUUGGGUAAGCGGUAGAAGAUGAGUGAGUGAGUGAGCGAGUAACUCCUCCUAGGGCUUUCAAGCCACAUACACCAAAUUCGGAUAUGUUGUAGACCCUGGUCUGAAGUUUGUUGCUGUUACUUUUCUAAGCGAUCCGAGUACCGGUUACACCAAACUCUGCCAGCUCCUUUAGGGUGAUACACGUGAUGUCACGUGAAAAUAAAGAAUUUGCACAACAUGGACAUGUGACAUAUCAAAACACUCAAAACAAUGAGGGGAACUUCCUCACGGGUAUUCUGAUGACGUAACAUGCUUAUCUCCCCUUACCUCCAAAUGUUUUGGCACCCUAGCUUUCUGUUUACUUGCUUCCAAAAGUAACACUGACGCUUAUGUCCACUCGCCUCCAAAAAGCACCGGCCUUUGCGAAUACUUGCAUCGUCAAAGCCAACAUCAAAGAUUGUCACGACAAACUUUACAAAUCUAGUUGUUAUAUGCUCCCAAAUAUUCUUGCCUAACAACGGGGACAAAAUGACCAACUUUUACAAUGAUUGUGAAGAUAAGCAGUUGUACGCUAUGGCUACGGGGUACAGAAAAGGAUAGAGGACAUUUUUGACCUCAUUUAUGGUUUCAUGGACAGUGCUGAUGAAAUGUUUGUGUUGUAAAGGUGUUUAUGUUUAGUGUUUAGUUUAUAGGUGAUAGAGCUGAAAUGAGUCUUUCAUAGAGACUCAUGCACUUUGAGUUUUGCUCUGGUGUUUAUACUGUAUGGAUACAAUAACAUGAAUUUAAUUUCUGAUGUUUCUCAAUGGUUUGAUGGCCUAAGUGUUGAGUAGCUGCUGUUCCUGUACCGAUUCUGCACUGGAUAAGCAUGACAUGAAUACAGUCACUUCUCCUGCUUAAAGCCAGAUUAAGAGCAGUGUAUAAGCAGAGCAGAAAUAGUGCAUCCUAAUGAUCAGUGCUAUGUAUAUUGGGAAAGGGUGAGGCAUUCUAAUGCAAGACCUCAAUUAAAUUAGCACUUUGUUUAGAUAAAA